GCGGCCACCGCAAGAACAGCGUUUUUGUGCGACGAAAAGAAUAAAGUGUGGUUUGCAACACGAACGUUCUAGGCAGUUAUAUUAAAAUCUCAACCAUUUUGACCACACAUAAGCGGAAAGUAACUUUAAAUUGCAAGUAAAUAGUAGUUUCUGAAUUUAGAAUUGUAAUCAGUGAGCUUUGCGCUUUAGAUAUUGUAUGAAUUAGAAUUCAGUGUAUUGCGUCUGCUGGUUGUGCUGUACCUAAGAAAAAAGGGUUUAGUUCAUCACCACAAUUUUUAUAUAAAUAUCCCUAAGUUAGCGUUUUCCACGAACAUCAGGAAAUUCUGAACAUGGCCGAUGUCAAUAUGGAACCGGUGGAAAAUAGUAAACCUACUUCGUCCUCUCCUACAUCGUCUUCCACGAUGGCGUCCAGUCCCAACGGAAACACCGAUGGUGGUGUCGACAAUGGAGGCGAUCUUGCGACCAACGCAGAGGACAUGACCUCGCGAGAUUAUUACUUCGACUCGUAUGCACAUUUCGGCAUUCACGAGGAGAUGUUGAAGGAUGAGGUUCGAACUCUGACCUAUCGUAAUGCGAUGUAUCACAACAAGCACCUGUUCAAGGGGAAAACCGUACUGGACAUCGGUUGUGGUACGGGUAUUUUGUCAAUGUUUGCUGCCAAGGCAGGUGCUACCAAGGUGAUUGCUGUGGAGUGUUCAAACAUUAUCGACUAUGCACAAAAGAUUGUAGAAGCGAACCAUUUGGAUGGAAUAAUAACUUUGGUUAAAGGAAAAGUGGAGGAAAUCGAGCUGCCUGAUGGAAUCAAGCAAGUCGAUAUAAUCAUCUCGGAAUGGAUGGGUUACUGCCUAUUCUAUGAAUCAAUGCUGGACACGGUGAUCUACGCACGUGACAAGUGGCUCAAGCCUAACGUUGGUAUGAUGUUCCCAGAUCGAUGCACUCUGUUCGUGUCUGCCAUCGAAGACAGACAGUAUAAGGACGAGAAGAUCAACUGGUGGGACAAUGUGUACGGGUUUAACAUGAGUUCGAUUCGGAAAGUGGCCAUCAGUGAACCCCUGGUGGAUGUUGUAGAUCCGAAACAGAUUGUUACUAGCUCCUAUCUUGUUAAGGAAAUUGAUUUGUACACCGUCCGCAAGCAAGAUCUCGAUUUUGAAUCACCGUUUCAUCUGAUCGUCAAACGUAACGAUUUCAUUCAAGCUCUUAUUACGUAUUUUAAUGUUGAGUUUACCAAAUGUCACCAACGUCUGGGCUUCAGCACUUCGCCAGAGUCCCCGUACACACACUGGAAGCAGACGGUAUUCUAUUUCGAUGAAUAUCUGACGGUGAAAAAGGGCGAAGAAAUUUACGGAAUGUUCACUAUGAAACCGAAUGCAAGAAAUAAUCGCGAUCUGGACUUCAUGAUUGAUUUGCAUUUCAAAGGGGAGCUGUCGCAGGUCAAUGAAAAAAAUCACUACCGAAUGCGUUAGAAUCUUUCCUAAAUUGACUCGGUGGCCGCAUUUUAGAAUAAGGUAACAAAAAAACCAUACCAGAUAUCGUCAAACGACCCCACCCUGCAGGCGAAAAAUUUACACUCAACUCCUAUCACCCAAAUAUGGGGGAAAAUUUUAUUGUUAGCAUUCUUUUCGAAUUGAAAACCAUUUUCUUGACCAACCAUAAUUCUUCGUUUUUGUUUAGUCUGUCAUUCAAAUAAAACACUUCGAGCAAGUAGCGUGAAAUGGACGAACAGAAGCAUUGAAUGCCGAGCAAUUUGAACUAACACUAAGUGAACAAUAGACGAAAGCCGGAACGUUCUUUUAAUUUUAAAUAAAUCUAACCCAUAACUGAAUCGUUUGAAAACAUAAAUUGACUGUAUUAAAAUGUCGUGGAAAAUACGCUAAAGUUUUUUGAGGUGAAUUUUAUACUAGUCGACAUGGCACAUUACGUUCCUUACGAUCAGUAAUAGUAACAUCAGUGCGAUACACUAGGAAGAGGACAUUAUUCCUUGAAAAAAACGUGUAAAUGCAGUCGUCAAGUCUGCACUAUUUACCGCCAAUAGAUGGACCUAGAGCAAAGCUUCGAUAAUACAAUUACCAACUUCUAUGCAGUGAAGGUGAUAAGCCAGUUCUUGGAGACAAACAUGGCUCACUAACAGUGAGUCAGUCACUGAAAAAGGACACUUCUUAAGUCGAAAUGAUAGCGAAUGAAAAUUUGCAAGAUUAAAGUAUUUCCGUGGAAUGAA